GUGAUUGGUGAUUGCCGCCAUGGCGAGAUAGUGGUUGCAAAUGCAAUGAAGCAUUCGCCUAAUCAAACGUUUAAAAAAUGAAACCAUAAUGAAAAAAAACAAAUGCAAUCUUGCACAAAAAAAUAUAUGUAUAUAUAUAUAUAUCUUAGCAUGAAGUUGCGGUUUGGAUAACAUCUUAUCAACAUGUUUCUUUAUUUGAGAAGGUCGCAGGGAUUGCUUUGGGAAAUACUGUUGAUGGGAGCGACAAUUGCUGCCGAUUGCCCACCAAAGUGCAUCUGUGAUAUCUUUAAGGUGAACUGCAGGAAUAAGGGUUUCGUCUCAUUUCCAAAAAACUUGCCAUUAAACACCAGGUAUCUGGACCUCUCGAGAAACAGCAUCACUGAAAUCAACUCUCUGCAAAUCAACCUCCUGAGCGACUUGGUCUACCUGGAUUGCAGUCACAACGCCAUCUCGGAAGUCUCCAAGCUCGACUUCCUCGCUGGGUCAAGGGUGGCGUAUUUGGACCUCAGCUACAAUACUCUGAAAAGGGUCGGCGCCACCACUUUCCAAACGUUGGCGAGCUUGAUCGUGUUGAAGCUGGCCCACAACAAGAUAAGGAACGUGCAAAACAACGCAUUUGACUCAAACAUUGGGAUACGUGAGCUGGACCUGAGGAACAACAGCUUGACUUUCGUAAACGUUACCGCCAUAAAAACCCUGAGUGGGUUACAUUCCGUGUAUCUGUCCGGCAAUCCUUGGGAUUGUCAAUGCACGGUUAAAGAUCUGAGUCAGUGGUUGCAGAAAGACAAAAGUUUGUUUCCAGAUGAUAAAGACACUGUCUGCCGUAGUCCAAAUUCGAUGGCUGGAAUCAAAGUCUCGGAUGCCUUAAACAACAUAUUGCACAUUUGUCUGGCCCCUCUGGAUUACUUUGACUACAUAUUUUUCGUAAUGGUUGGUGUUACAAUAUUUAUCAGCGGCAUAAUUGUUGCCACAAUUUCAGGUAUAAUCAUGGUUUAUUUGGAUCGUCAAAGGAAGUAUACAGAAACAGAUGAUGAUAUAGAACCAGUACUGUAUCCACCAGCAAAGUCUAAUAUGAGAUUUAGUCAAAUCAACACAUGAUAAAGGAUUCUCUACAGGAGUAUCAUAUCAUCAGGACGCCCGAGUUAAUCACCAAGGUCAUUGGUAGGAUGGUUCAUAUUAUGUAUGUUAUUGAAAUGAACUAGUCACCAACCAAUGAAUCGAUAUAAUGGACUAUGUGGAAGAUUGGAGUGUAUCACUCCGUUAUGUUAUCAUUGUUCAAUUGUGUAAUACUCCCUUUGCAAUUUAUAUAUUAUCAGAUGCACACAUUUAUUUUGUAAACUAUAUGCCAAUAAACUUUAUUGUAUGGUUCCAA